AUAAAUAAAUGCCCGAUUUCUAGAUAAUAUAAUAAGCUGGUACAUUCAUUUGGCAGAUGUAAUAUUACGCAUGUGCAAAGUGUAACGGCUGCCUGCCGAAAAGGGAUAUAAAUAAAUAAAUAAAACAUUUACAGAUAUAUCGAUAGUAGGUGUCACAAAGGGCUGUCAGUAGCUAAUUGUGCGAUCGCAUAUGUUUUAAAUAGUUACAGAAUCAUAUAUGAGAUGCUAAGUGACAAACUUUAAGAGCUAAAUAAGAUCGGUUUAGCUGCCAAACGGAAUUCAAGCGAAGACGGAAGUUAUCAGCAGGGAGUUCUCUCGCUUUACGCUGAAGGACACUUUCCCAUAUUGACUUUCUGCUAACGUUAGCUUACAAACAUCUCAAAGAACCUGUCCGGUAUAAACACAUAUUUGAUCUAGAACCGGGCUUGUAGUUUGUUUGCCAUUUUCUUGUGUUACACACACUUUUUUAACACUGUGACUUUAGCCUGACGGUCGUUGCCAGGUCUGUUUUUUAAUUCAAGUACCUCUUAGCGUAGAUUUCAAGGCUAACUUCACUUUUCGAGGAUGCAGGUGCAGAGAGUCGUCCUCAACUCACGACCAGGCAAUAACGGGGUGCCAGUUCCUGAAAAUUUCCGUCUGGAGGAGACAAGUUUGACAUCUGACCUGCAGGAUGGGGAGGUUCUUGUUAGGACACUUUGGCUCUCAGUCGAUCCAUACAUGCGGUGCAGAAUGAAUGAAGACACUGGUGUUGAUUAUGCAGCCCCCUGGCAGCUGUCUGAGUGUGUGGACGGUGGAGGUGUUGGUGUGGUCGAGUCGAGCCGCUGCAGCUCUUUCAGUGAGGGAAACGUUGUCACUUCCUUUAACUGGCCCUGGCAGACCCAUGCUGUUAUGAAAGGAAUUGCCUUACAGAAGGUGGAUCCAGGGUUGGUUGAUGGACACGUGUCCUACUAUUUGGGUGCAGUUGGUCUAACAGGCCUCACUGCACUGUUGGGCAUCAGGGAGAAGGGUCACGUGACCAAAGGAGCCAAUCAGACCAUGGUGGUGAGCGGCGCAGCCGGAGCCUGUGGCUCCAUGGCUGGACAGAUCGGCAGGCUGCAGGGCUGUGUGAGGGUUGUUGGGAUUUGCGGCUCUGAUGAGAAGUGCAGAGCUUUAGUGGAUGACCUGGGCUUUUCUGCAGCCGUCAACUACCGCCAAGAAGACGUUUCUUCAAAGCUGAAGGAGAGCUGCCCUGAUGGGAUCGAUGUUUACUUUGACAACGUGGGAGGUGAAAUCAGUGAUGCUGUAAUCGCACAGAUGAACAAGGACAGUAAUGUGAUCCUGUGUGGCCAGAUGUCACAGUACAACAAGGACGUGCCGUAUCCUCCGCCCCUGAGCGAGGAGACGCAGGAAACCCUGAAAAAGAAGAACAUCACCCGGGAGCGAUUCACAGUGCUUAACUACAUGGACAAAGUCGACACCACUCUCUAUGAACUCAGCCAGGGGGUUAAAUCAGGUCAAAUUAAGGUGUUGGAAACAAUAGUGAAUGGAAUUGAAAAUAUGGGCGAUGCAUUUUGCUCCAUGAUGAAAGGCGGGAACAUCGGCAAGCAAGUUGUGAAGAUAUCAGAGUGAAGAGAAUCACUGAAGCUGCUCUCACUGCACAGAUGCCUUUGGAAAUUAACCUACAGUCUUUUCUGUCAGUGCCAUUAACACAGACUUAAUGAACUCUAGGAAAAUAAUGCAUUGAUUAACUGAAUUAUAAACCAUGAGUGAAAAUCCCACAAUGAGCAUCAUGCAGCAAUGUUCUCUUACAUUUCUCUCCAGAUGCACCAAACGUUCUUAACCAUCCAAAUCUGCUCUCACCCAGGUGUACUCAAUGAAUAAUCCCACUUAAUCACCAGUCAUCUAUUAGCACAGGUAACGCUCCCUAAACACUGUAUAACAGCAGGUGUCGUGUGCAAAGACUCUGGCACAUGCCCGAGAACUGGAAAAAAUGCCACAAAAAAAGGCUGUAAGAAGAAGUUCUGCAGGAGUGAAGUCAUGUAGUUUACUGCAAAUUUGAACAACGUGAUUUUUGAGUGUCAGUACUGGUGUUGCAGGAAAAUCAAAAAACAAGUGUUGGCAAAACAUUUGUGAUGCUGUAAAUGCCAAUUGACCACCACACUGUGAAAAUACUGUAAAUAAUACUUGUUACUAUUUGCAUUGAAAAUGUCACUUAAAUAAAAGUAUGUAAGCACAAUCGAGGAAAACUUAAAAGUAUUUAAUGCAGAAAAUUUAAAUCAAUUUAAUAAAUCAAAAAUCAUUAAAAUUAUGUCCUAUUUUAGAAACUGCGAAGCUAUAAUCUUGAUUGGUAUCAAUGGAUUGAUAGUGUUUCUUUUGUCCACAAAUUUAAUAAUCCAGUCAUAAUAACUAUGUUGAAACAUAAUCUAGAUUUUAUUUGGUGUUUUUUAAUGUUCCUCAGAUAAAGAGGCUGUUUCAUUGCGUUUGACCAACAUUUUGUGGAUGUAAGAAGUUUUUUUUUCUCUUAUCUUGGUAAGAGUGCUCUCAACCUCUCGUAAAUUUUCUCUUACCAAAGAGAAGAGCGAAAAUAAGAAAACACUGGUACCAUACAGAAGCGCAAAUGCAUUCACUUCAGAAAAAAUGUAACUGUUUUUUUUAAUUAACAAGAUAAUUAUCUCAGCAUUCUGAGAAAAGUUUAAUGUAAAAAAAAUCUAUUUUUCUCCAUUAACAAAAUUAAUGUAUAGAAUUCUGCGAAUAGUUUCAAUGGGAAAUAAAAAUUUGCCAUUUUCCUCAAAGAACUGGAUUAUAGUCUUGUCAAUUCAGGAAUUUGAGCUUUUUUUUCAUUUAUUUUUUAAAAAUUCUGAGAUAAUAAU